CAGGACGGAGGCCAGGACGGAGGCCAGGACAGAGGCUAGGUCGCAAGCAGGGUCGCCGCUUGGAUCACCCGGACCGCGACGACUGAGUUCCGGGCAGCGCUUUCACCAGAGGUUUGAGGCCAUUCCGGAGGAGAUGCGAAGCGUCCAGGACGAUCUCAAAAAAACGGACGCAGCUGAGCCGCACUCCAGCAGUAGGGCCAGGGCGGCGUUGCAGCUGCAGGACCACGGCGAGGGACGGGGCUCCGGCGCCUGGCUCAACUUCUGCAUGACGAGAGACCAAGAGGAGGCCGCCGCCGAGGAGGCCCUGCGUCACACAGCAACACCGCGCGGGCCCGUGUCCGCGGCCACGUCCCCGCUGUGCUUCCCCUGCGGCGCGGCCACCACCUCCGCGGCCACGUCCCCCAUCCCUACCGCACGACUGCGCGCGGCCGACGGCCCCACGGCCUCGGGAUCAGCCUGUGCGACGGCCGCGCCUCCAGCCGCCGUCGCUGACCUCACGCCUCCUGUCCGUACGGCUCCGGGCCACGCGGCCCCAGCCUCCGCGACCAGUCCCGUCAGGACGUACCUGGCGCGCGGUGUGGGCACCACGGACCACGAGGACGCUGCAACCAACACCAUGUGUGGGCCUACGCUGCCGUGGGGGCCGCGGGCCGAGGAGCCUCGCGGUCCAAGGCAGGGUGCGCUGCUGGACGCCACCACCUCGCCAAACAGGCGGCGGUCCGACGCGGGCACCACGGGGGGAGCAUUCGGGGUCUCGGGUAACGCGCCGCAGCCCAGGAGACCCUCGGAGACCUCGACGGCCACCGGUUGCGGCAUCUCCUGUAAUCCCCAGGGACCGGCGUGCGGGGGUGUGCAGACGCAGUCGCUAGACGCGCCUCUUUGCUGCCCAAUGCUGCCCGUCGACCUCAGCAGGCACUUCAGCGAGACGGGCGUGGCGGCAUGCACGCGCCAAAGCACCACCAUGCUCUCCAUGUCGUCGUGCAGGAGGACGGUGGUGACGCGGCGGCAGCGCAUCCCGGUGCACCACAACCACGUGCUCGAGCACUUGCACGACACGUGUGACUCGCUGAGCACGUCGUCGGGGAGUACCGAGUACCUGGCGCCCCCCGGGCGCAGCGCGACGGACGACGACUCUACAUCGCCGUGCUGGCGGCGCGCGCCCUGCGGCCCCUCGGAGGUCCCCAAGCUCGCCGCUGCGCGGGGGUUGCGGGGACCGCGAGGGCGCGCCGGGCCCGUGCUGGAGCGCGGGCUGUAUCAGCACCACGCGCCUCCGCGCGCGCAGCCCGCUGGUCCGCCGCCCAGAGAUGGAGUGGGCUGGACCGUCACUCUGGCCGGCGCCGGACGCAACCAGCACGGUGACCUGGAGAUGCGCCUGUCCUUUCCGGCGGAGGGCAGGGAGGAAUUGCCGGCAGACGCCCAGGACAGCGUCGCGGAACAGGCGGAGACGGGUCCCGGGCGGGGCGCUCGCGGACAGGCACCCACGAUGUCAGCGCCGCAGGCUGGCCAGGGUCGGUGGUCGCUCACCAUCAGGAACCAGCUGCCGGGAGACGGGGAAGCCGGGCAGCGACCUGGAGUAUCGCUGUCCAUGACGCCCGCUGCGCCCCAGGAAGACCGGGGCGUCGGAGGCGGAGACCGUCCUGAGCGUGACGGGCGCGGCCAUCCAGCGAAAGGCUCACCGGGCGCUGCCCCGCCACCUGGGCCACCGCCGGUGAUCGAGGUCCGCGAGGGCGUGCCCCCACCCACGCCGUCCGCGCCCGGGUCCGGGGUCCUGCUCACCUCGCCCACCGCAGUGCGCGCACGCGAUGGUUCGCCCACCACCACGGUGAGGGUGACGAUACCCUCGUCGGCGGCCUCCUCACCCAGGACGUCGCCCAGGGUGCUGCGGCUCUCUGUACCCGCGAGCCCCGCUGCCACCCACCCCGCCACCACGCCACCAGCGUCCCCCGACCGAUUCAUCGUCAGGAUUCUGCCCGCCACCCCGCUGCCACCGGCCUCUCCCUAGCUCGUGCAACACCGGGCCCGGGGGCCGGGCCAAAGCCAAAAUCUCAGUUUUCGCGGAGUGCAGACUAGUGGUGUUUUAAUGUCUAGUCAUGGACUCGCAAAGAUAAUCAUUAUCCCUCAAAGUCGACCUACCUUUAGUUAGCUGUCAUACAGGGUGUCCCACGGGCCACUUUUUUUUCGUACUGCACCCUACCGCACGCAUGCGGGUGGGGCGAGAGUUGCCUACUCGCUAGGGGAGGGGCUAUAAGGUGCCAUGGUGAGCAGCGGUAGGCAAACCUGCCCUUAGGGCGACAUGCGGUAACGUAUAAUUUUUGACAAUUGCGGGGGGCCCCUGCUGUGCAUUAUACCUGAAAACAUUAUGAUCUCGUAAACACCCCAACCAAAGAUGGACAUGGUAAGAUGGUUCGUUAAUGUACGGCUGCCUGAUGCCGAUCACCACAGGGCACAAUACAAGCAGUAGUCGCGGCACACUGUGGACGCCCAUGUAAUACUAAAUUAAAGUUCCUGCUCGACAUUAGACAGCCGAGUCGAGGAAAAACAUAGAGUGUAGAAAGUUUGUUCCAGUUCCCGCUGCCGGUGCGUCUCCAGGCGGGCGGGCGGGUGACGCCGCGAGGGCACACCCGCCCGCCCGCCUGAAAGCCGUGCAGUGCGACCCAUCAGUGUUAGUCAGUAUGAACCUCUUCCACACGAUUGCUUCCUCUCAAUAAAUUGCGUCCCUUUUUAAAAACGCUUGUCCUAGAAUACGUGCCAUUGGUUAACUGUAGUACUUCCACCGUCUCAUGUACGAAGUGUAUGUUGUAUGGUUUUAUUACUGAAUAAAAUAUUGAUUCCGUUUUGCAAA